AUGUCGAACAGCCCAUCUGAAACUAAUGCUGAUUCUGCCCGCUCUCGAAAAAGAGUUUGCGAGUUGAAGGACUCAUCUGAUCUCAAGGAUGAGAAACAAAACACAGCUUCUGAAACUAAAUCCUUGAUAAUAAUGAACGAAGAGUUUGCAAAGAGACUAGGAAUCAAAGAAUUUACGGAAAAUAAAGACGAGUGGGUUACGCAUCGCGAAGUCUUUGAUUACAUUGUUGAUCCCAUUUGGAAGCCAAACGGAAAGGAACUUGCAACAAAUACGAUCGAGUAUCGUCUACUUGAAUCCGGAGAUCUUGAUGAAUCGAAAAGAACACACGUAUUACUCGUUCAUGGGAAAGUAAUUAGGUACGGAGACAAGAUAUCUUCAGAAGAACACAAAGAAUUACAGAAAAAAUUUCCAGGAUGCUUCUACGCACCUACUGUUGAACGUAUUGUUGAGUUAUGCAGAUUCUCAGCUGUUAAUGAUAAUGAAAGGAAAGAGUGGCAGUCGCAUAUUAUUCUUCGAAAUGUUGAUAAUCCUAGUGACGUAGUAACAAUGGCAAACACUGAAUUAAUGGUAAUCGACACUGGAGCAAGUAUAAUUAUAAUUCCAUUUUUUUUAUGA